GGUAUAUCGUUGAUUGGUAUAUUAAACCGCUACAUGAUGAAAACGCUUUCAGAUCGCCAAAUAAUCAAAAAAAAAAUGUGGUUAGGUAAGUUAUUGCUGACGCUGACAUUUAUUUACAUCUUGAAAUACUUUUAAUUUUCAAUUUUUCUAAAAAUAAAAAAUGCCUCCAACGCAGGAGAUUGACGAGCUUUUCGAAGUUAAAAAUUACUUUUACAUUGGAAAUUUUCAGCAGUGUAUCAACGAAGCUGCAAAAGUUCGUAAGCCAUCAACUCCUGAAAUCGCAAUCCAACGUGAUAUCUUCACUUAUCGUUCAUACAUUGCCCAAAACAAGUUUUUAGUAGUACUAGACGAAAUUCAUGGAGCCAGUUCCUCUGAAAUACAACCCUUGAAGUUCUUAGCAGAAUAUUUACACAACAGCAACAAAUCAAACCGUGACUCGGUCCUAGAACAGCUCAACCAAAAAAUUGACACUACAGCGCAUAAUGAGACUCUUGUACUUGUAGCUGCUAUAAUUUUCAUCAAAGAAGAAAACUUCGAUGGAGCUUAUAGAUAUUUGCAUGCCUCAGAAAGCUUGGAAGCUAUGGCAUUUGUCGUUCAUAUUUUGUUGUCUCGAGACAGAGUAGAUUUGGCUCUCAAAAAACUUAAAGAAAUGCAGGAAAAAGAUGAUGAUGCAACACUGACUCAACUAGCACAGGCUUGGGUUCACACAGCAAUGGGUGGCGAUAAACUACAAGAUGCUUAUUACAUUUAUCAGGAACUUGUAGACAAGUAUGGAUCAACACCAAUGUUAUUGAAUGGACAAGCGGCUACGUUUAUUGGUCAAGCAAGAUAUGAAGAAGCGGAAUCUGCAUUGGAGGAAGCUCUGGACAGGGAUUCCAAUAAUGCUGAGGUUUUGAUUAAUUUGAUUACUUUGCAACGGCUUUUAGGAAAAGGACCUGAAAUUUCGAAUCGUUACUUGUCUCAGCUUAAAGAUGCUCAUCCUGAACAUCCGUUUAUUAAAGAUUUUAAGCAAAAAGAAAGCGAAUUUGAAAGGAUAUGUCAACAAUAUGCUCCCUCUAAUCCCAUACCUGUAUAAAUAAUAUCCAAAAUUUGUUUUUGAAUUCUUUUACUAAAUUUGUAUUAAUUAUCUAGUGUUAUGUUGUAAACGAUUUAUUUGAAAUAUAUACUUAUGAA